GCGGACUAGUUUACGGUGAGUGAUCCACAAAAACAGCCGUUAAGUCGAGCAGACGACGUUUGGGAGGGAAAAUCAAUCGGGUCUGUGUCUUGAUUUCUUCCGUCUGCCCAGCACGCGACAGGAUAUAGCGCUAAGAGGUUGUUGGCCCACAAUGAAGCGACAUUACGAAGACGCCUCAGAUGAUGUCACUCAGGGGCGAUUACUCCAGGCGGCACAACAAGUGAUGAAGACCAAGGAGAUCACUCCUCUGUUGAAGGAAGAGCUCCGACUGUCCAUUCUCAUCAGACGACACGCCCAGGGAGAGGAGCAGAUCAAGGCGGAAUUCAAGGACCCAGAAUAUCACGAGCUGACGCCUGAUGAAGAAGAGAAGAAAAUGCGCAGACGAGAACAAAACCGCCGAGCCGCUCAGAGAUGUCGCAUGAAGAAGAAGAAGAAACACGACGGAUGGAUAGAGACUUUUUCCAAGAUUUUAGAACAAAACCAGAAACUUGUUCAAGAAAUCGAGACUCUUAGACAACAGAAGAAAGAACUGAAUGAAAUUUUGCAACAACACAUGACUUCAGGGAAAUGCUGGUACAGCCAGGAAUGUCCUCACACACAAACACGAGAUUCUGUCCACCAGUCAACCCAAUCCUUCUGUGAGGCUAUGCAGAGAUCUGUUCCAGGGGCGUCCGAACUGUGGUCAGAGAAUAGUCCAGCCUUCCCCUGCAGGACAUCUACGAGCAGUGGCCUCAGCACAGACAGUGAAGAUAUACACAACAUGCUGAAUCUGUCGGACAUGGACUUUCCAUCCCACCCACAAAUGGACGAGCUACUCUAUCUGGACAUCACUGCCGAUACUCGCAGGCAAGGUCUGUCUACAUCAAGCAUGUCAUCAGACGGUGAAGGACUAGCUGGGUAUGGUGUAGUGGAGGCUGCUCUCUGUGAUCCUCUGCAGGAUGACGAUGAUGUAUUUCAGACUGGUGGUGGUCCUCAGGUUCAGCUCGAAGAUAUUCAGCCAGACAUGUUGUCUGUAGGACAGUAUAAUACAGAACUAACGCAGCAUCAAAACACUGCUACGUGUGAGAAACUAAUAAACGAUGAAAAGUGCUUUUACUCAGAGCCAUAGACCGCUCGGGACCUUUACCCAAAAGACAGAAACAGUACGGAUCCCCUGGAUAAUAAGAGGAACGGGAGUCUUGGCACAGGAUGGACGUGUUUGAACCUUUGAUGGAUAUAGGAACGUAAAUAAAGUUACCUGGACCUGAUAACAUACUGGUCCUCCAGGAUAAACCAGUUUCCUUGAACAUCUCAUGAUAUUUGCCUAAUGUCGAUAUGAUCUUAUCAUAGACCACCUGAAUCUAACAGAUUCCUCAUAUCUGAUUUAACUUCGAGACUACGAUUAUCACAACCUCCGCUUUAUUCCCCGCCAUCUCAAUCGGCCCUAACCUCAUGGAAAUAUAUUUCUUUACACAUAUCAAAACUGUCAUUCAUUCUGUUUUUAGGUACUCUUUUUUUUUUUCAUUUGUAAAUAUAUUUGUUUACACAUAUCAAAACUAUCAUUCAUUCUACUUUAAGGCACACCCUUUUUUUCACCUGUGGACAGUGUGUUCUUAAUUGUAAAAAUGUAUAUUUUUUUUUUACAAUGGACAUGAAAUGAGACAUUGCUACAACUAUGAUAGAGAUGUUCAUCAUAUUUCGUUAAAAUGUGUUCUGUUAUUGCCAUCAAUUUUCGUGGGGUUUUUUUAUGUAUUUAAAAUUAUUAACAUACUGUACAUUUCAAAAGUAUGUUGUACAUACUCAAAUUGUAUAUAUUGUAUUAUGGUUGUAAAUAAAUUCAUCAAAAUUU